AUGAAUGGGAGGUCAUGCAAUAUGAGCCAUCGGACAACAGGUAUUCCUCAUGGACCUAAGAUGAUCAGUGGACAGCAGAUCCCACCUAUCAGAGUUCAUGCAGGAAUGCCCUGCCCAUCUUCAAAUAGCAGCACCCCAAGCCCAGCUAUUGGAAACUUGUCUGCCAGCCUACACUUAAAGAUGCCCCUUGGAGGAGGGGUGGUUCCUCAGAGCAACAUCAUUGCCAGUACUAUUCACCUUCCUGCUCUAAGUCCCGGGAAACAAGUGGUUACAAAUGGGAAGCCUUUAUUACAAGUCCCACAGCUCCCAGGACUGCCAGCCCCACAGUCUUUAAAGCCAAAACAGCAAGAAUUUGGAAAUACUUUCUCCCCAUGUACAGGUGAAGGAGGUCUUGGUUAUGGACCCCAGUGCAAGUCUGUUGGAAAAGGCAGCUGCAACAAUGUCAUAUUCACCAGCCAUCCCAUGACGGUUCAACAGUUGGGACCUGUUUCACCUCCUGCUAAUCAGGUUUCAAUAGCAUGCAACCAGAUCAGCCCCGUCUUGCAGAGGUCUAUGGAUGCUUCCAGCCUGAGCGCUUCUCCAUCAGAUACAAGGUCGCUCUUGUCACGUGAGUCUCUGGCCUCUACAACGUUAAGCUUGUCAGAAAGUCAGUCCACUUUGAGUGUUAAGCAAGAGUGGUCACAUGCGUACAGGACACUUCCUUCUGUUCCUCCUGACGAAGGUUUACAAAAUGGCAGUGAGCUGGGGGACUUACUAAAUUUUUCACCUGGAACAUCUGCGUCCAGUAACUGCAUCUCUAACUCGUUACCGUCCUACUUAUAUGGUGUGGAAAAUAAGCAUUCUCCUUACUCUAGUCCUUGCCAUUCCUCAGCCCGGUCUCAAUCAGCCCACUCCAAAAAGAGAGCACUCUCUCUGUCUCCUCUGUCGGAUGGCAUUGGGAUCGACUUCAAUACAAUCAUCUGUACGUCCCCCACCUCUCUGAUGGCCUACAUCAACAGCUCUAGGACAUCACCAGCGAACGUCUCCCCACAGCCUGAGGUCUAUGGACAUUUUCUGGGAGUGAGAGGAGGCUGUAUACCCGCAAAUUGCUCUAUUCCAACUGCCCAGAAAGGCCUUCUCAUGGCUAAUGGCAACGUCACCUUCCCAGGCUAUGUUGAGAACGGAGCUGGCGACUACCAGCGGAUGCAGCAGCUGGAGCAAGCCAGCUUGCAGAUGGCUGCCACAAGUAACAUGUUGAUCCACCAGGGUGUGCCACCCAUGGACAACCAGGUGGUGGGCGUCCUGAAAAAUGGACGGCUGGAUGACUUCUCAGGCCGUACAGUGGACAUGCCUCCUCCACCCCUGCUGCCCCCGCUUCCUCCACAAGGACCACCCCCACCAUACCAUGCUCACCAGCACCGGCUCCCGCACAGCCUCCCCAGUCGCAUUCACCCACUGCCCAUGCCUCCUUCUGCCCCAGGCUCCCUGCUUGACGAAGACGGUGAGCUAGACGAUUUCCAUGGCAAGCAUGGCUGUUGCUGGGUUGACUGCGGUGCACUGUAUGACCAGCAAGAGGAACUUGUGCGGCACAUAGAGAAGAUCCAUAUAGACCAGAGGAAGGGAGAGGACUUCACUUGCUUCUGGGCAGGGUGCCCACGAAGGCACAAGCCGUUUAAUGCCCGUUAUAAACUGCUGAUUCACAUGAGAGUCCACUCAGGAGAGAAGCCAAACAAAUGCACAUUUGAGGGUUGCAAGAAAGCCUUUUCCAGACUAGAAAAUCUCAAGAUUCACUUAAGGAGCCAUACGGGUGAAAAGCCGUACCUGUGUCAGCACCCUGGCUGCCAGAAAGCAUUCAGCAACUCCAGCGACCGCGCCAAGCACCAGAGGACACACUUGGACACUAAACCUUAUGCAUGUCAGAUUCAAGGAUGUACUAAACGAUACACAGAUCCAAGUUCCCUGAGAAAGCAUGUGAAAGCCCAUUCUUCCAAAGACCAACAAGUCAGGAAAAAGUUGCGAUUGAACUCAGAGCUUGGCCAGGACAUCCUGAAUGACUGCCUCAUAAUCCAGUCCCUCCAGCCAGCCCCAUCACCACAUGAUGAUGGAGAGAAUACCAUGGGACACUCCCCAGGGCCUGCUCAUGGUAUUUACCCAGCCACCAUGUUCCCCAGCACACGGACAAGUCGAAGUGCAACAGCAGCUGGGGCAGUGUCCUCGUCCCAGCCCAGCAGCCACCCGUCCCCAGGAUGUAACGUUCAGGGUAGUCCUCUCCAUCCUCACCCCCAGUUAUCUGUUCUCUCAGCUGCGGACUCAGAGAGGUUUGUUGCUCCGGCUCCUUCUCCUCACCACGUCAGCCCCCAGAGAAUUUCAGUUCCCCAUCACAUGAUGCAGAGACGGACUCCACAACCUCCCCACCUUCAACAGCCUGCAGGAAUCCCUCUGAAGGCAUACCAGCCAGCAGCAAACCCUUCUUUUCAACCAAAUAGCCUCCACAUCCAAGGUUUUUAUGGGCAACUUCAGACUUUCUGCCCUCCACAUUAUGGUGACACUCAGAAGAAUGUACAACAUGGUGUUUCUUGCAAUGUGGUUCCUCCUUUUGAAGACUGCUUAGCUCCCACAUCAGCAGGCCACACAGGGCUUGGCAUUUUCCAUCGAACUUUUUCAGCUCAUUCAGGUAUUACAGUUUAUGACUUUCCAGCAGGGUCCACGGGUACCUUUGGUGAUUCAGCUCGCAGCAUCCCAGAGGAUAGCAGUUUCCUACAAAUAAAUGCGGUGGAUCAUUGUUCUAGCCAGCUUUCUUCUGUCUACACUGAAGGCUAA